GGCCGCACAUAAAGGGGCACUGGACACAGGGAGGCGGCGCAGAAGCCCACAGGUCUGUGCUCCCGGCUCCUAGCCACAGACCAGGAAGAUGAGGUUUGCUGUCCGCACCCUGCUGGCCUGCGCGGUCCUGGGGCUGUGUCUGGCUGUCUCCCCUGAGAGAACUGUGAGAUGGUGCACGGUCUCAAAUCAUGAGGCCAGUAAGUGUUCCAGUUUCAUGGAAAAUAUGAAAACUGUCCUUGAAAAUGGUCCUUUUGUCAGCUGUGUGAAGAAAACCUCCUACCUUGAGUGCAUCAAGGCCAUUUGGGCAAAUGAAGCAGAUGCUGUGACACUGGAUGCAGGCUUGGUGUUUGAGGCGGGCCUGAAUCCCUACAACCUAAAGCCUGUAGUGGCAGAGUUCUAUGAGUCAGAAGGGGAUCAAAAAACCCAGUAUUAUGCUGUGGCUUUGGUGAAGAAGAGCAGUAACUUCAACCUGAAUGAGCUCGAAGGCAAGAAGUCCUGCCAUACAGGCCUUGGCAGGUCUGCUGGAUGGAACAUCCCUAUGGGCUUACUUUAUUGGAAGCUGCCUGAGCCACGUGACUCUCUUCAGAAGGCGGUGUCCAGUUUCUUCGCGGGCAGCUGUGUUCCCUGUGCAGAUCGGACAGCCUUUCCCAAACUAUGUCAACUGUGUGCGGGGAAAGGGACAGACAAGUGUGCCUGCUCUAACCAUGAACCAUACUUCGGAUACUCAGGUGCCUUCAAGUGUCUGAUGGAUGACGCUGGCGAUGUGGCCUUUGUCAAGCAUUCAACAGUGUUCGAAAACCUGCCAAACGAAGCUGAUCGGGAUGAGUAUAGGCUGCUCUGCCCAGACACCUUGCAGAGGAUGACAGUAGAUAAAUAUAAGGACUGCCACCUGGCCCGUGUCCCUUCCCAUGCUGUUGUGGCCCGAAGUGUGGGGGGCAAGGAAGACUUGAUCUGGGAGCUUCUCAACCAGGCCCAGGAACAUUAUGGCAAAGACAAAUCUAAAGCCUUCCAGCUCUUCGGCUCACCUUUGGGGAAGGACCUGCUGUUUAAGGAUUCUGCCCAAGGGCUUUUAAGGAUUCCCUCUAAGAUGGACACCUGGCUGUACCUGGGUUAUGACUAUGUCACUGCUCUUCGGAAUCUAAGGGAAGAUGUGCGCCCGGAUACCCCAAGGGAUGAAUGCAAGAAGGUGAAAUGGUGUGCCAUAGGUCACCAUGAGAGGGUCAAGUGUGAUGAGUGGAGCGUAAACAGUGAAGGGAAAAUAGAGUGUGAAACAGCAGAGUCCACUGAAGACUGUAUUGCCAAGAUCGCGAAAGGAGAGGCUGAUGCCAUGAGCUUGGAUGGAGGCUUCAUCUACAUAGCGGGCCAGUGUGGUCUGGUGCCUGUCCUGGCAGAGAACUACAAAACUCAAGGCCCUCAAUGUAGGAGCACAGUAGAGGAAGGGUAUAAGGCUGUGGCUGUAGUUAAGGCAUCAGCAGAUGAGAGCCUCACCUGGAACAAUCUGCAAGGCAAGAAGUCCUGCCAUACUGGAGUAGAAAGAACCGCGGGCUGGAACAUCCCCAUGGGCCUGCUCUACAGCAGGAUCAACCACUGUGAAUUUGAUAAAUUUUUCCAGGAAGGCUGUGCCCCUGGAUCUAUGCGAAAUUCCAGUCUUUGUGCUCUGUGUAUUGGUUCGGCAAGUGGUCCAGGAAAGGAGUGUCUUCCCAAUAACCAUGAGAGAUACUAUGGCUACACAGGGGCAUUCAGGUGUCUGGUGGAGAAGGGAGAUGUGGCCUUUGUGAAAGACCAGACGGUCAUGCAGAACACUGAAGGAAGGAACACUGAAGAUUGGGCUAAGAAUCUGAAGGAAAAAGACUUCCAGCUGCUGUGCCCUGAUGGCAGUAGGAAGCCUGUGAGCGACGCUGACAACUGCUUCCUAGCCAAGGCCCCAAAUCAUGCUGUGGUCUCACGGAAAGAUAAGGCAUCUUGUGUUAGCAAAACAUUACUUGAGCAGCAGGCUAUGUUUGGAGGAAAUGGAAAUGACUGCUCGGGCAAGUUUUGUUUGUUCCGCUCGGAAACCAAGGACCUUUUGUUCAGGGACGACACAAAAUGUUUGGCCAAACUUCCAGAAAGCACAACAUAUGAAAGUUACUUAGGAGCAGCGUAUGUCACGGCUCUUGCUAACCUGAGACAGUGCUCCACCUCGAAGGAAAUAUAAAUUGAGGACUACCACUCCCGUGAUGCUCCGCUUCGGACGCCUGCGCAGAGUCUAGGGCCACGUCGCUUUCGCGGCGCUGGACCACGCACCUCAGCCAUGGCUUCCGCGGACACCCGGCGGGUGGCGAAUGGCGGCAGUGUCGGGGGAGGCUUCCAGCCCCACCUAGACUACUUGCGGCAGGAGCUGCAGCAGAGGGACCCGACACUGCUGUCAGUAGUGGUGGCGCUUCUCGCGGUGCUGCUGACGCUGGUGUUCUGGAAGUUCAUCCGGAGCAGAAGGAGCAGUCAAAGAGCUGUUCUUCUUGUUGGCCUGUGCGACUCUGGGAAAACAUUGCUCUUUGUCAGAUUGUUAACUGGCCUUUACAGAGACACUCAGACAUCUAUCACUGACAGCUCUGCUGUGUACAGAGUCAACAAUACCAGGGCCACUAGCCUGACCUUGAUUGAUCUCCCAGGCCAUGAGAGCUUGAGACUUCAGUUCUUAGAGCGUUUUAAAGCUUCAGCCAGGGCUGUUGUGUUUGUUGUGGACAGUGCAGCCUUCCAGCGAGAGGUGAAAGAUGUAGCAGAGUUUCUGUAUCAAGUCCUCAUCGACAGUAUGAGUCUGAAGAACACACCAUCAUUCUUAAUCGCCUGCAAUAAGCAAGACAUUACAAUGGCAAAAUCCUCAAAGUUAAUUCAGCAGCAGCUUGAGAAAGAACUCAACACUUUACGAGUCACCCGUUCUGCUGCCCCCAGCACACUGGACAGUUCCAGCACUGCCCCCGCUCAGCUGGGAAAGAAAGGCAAAGAAUUUGAGUUCUCGCAGUUGCCCCUCAAAGUGGAGUUCCUAGAGUGCAGUGCCAAGGGUGGAAGAGGGGACACGUGCUCCGCAGACAUCCAGGACCUGGAGAAAUGGCUGGCGAAAAUCGCCUGAGGGGCAGGGCCAGAGCUCAGGAUAUGAAUGUGAAUGUGUGUGGCCCACAGUUUUGGAAAAGGGUUUGGUAGCCUGGAGGUGAUAAAGAAGUUGAUAAAGAAUGGGUACAAAAUGUAAUUAGAAACAUUUUCUUGUUCUGGAAACAAAUUAUUGUUGAAAGUAACUUGGAACUUUUGUUUUUCA